AUGUACGUAUCAGUGUCCAGCGUCUUGGGCUUCGCCCUAUCCACCUGCGCCCUCGCCAGCGCCGCCUCCUCGGACGACAUCAUCAUCCGCCGCCAAAACCCCGUCAACGCCAACAGUGUGACGACCGCCGACUUCAAGUCCCGUUUCGUGCAGUCCGGCAUCGUUCCCGAGGUCAUCGCCGCGCUCGACCCUCCGUCUCCUUCUACGCCUCCUACAAGACUAGCUCGGGCGGCGAUGCUCUUCUCGUCCCUGGCUGCCUUCCCGUUUGAGUUCUCCGUAGAGAACCUCAAUAACGCCACCGGCAUCACCUCCAGCACCAGGUUCUUGAUCUACCUUCUCGAUGCCGAUGCCCCGAGCCGCGACCAGCCCAACUCGCGCAACCUCCGCCACUACCUCGCCGGCAACUACACCCUCUCCAACUCGGGCUCCAGCGCACCCCAGCCCGCCGCCAACACCGGCGUUCACCGCUUCAUCUACGCCCUCUACACCCAGCCGCCCAAUUUCAACACCGCCAACUUUGACUCCGUCGGCAUGUCGCCCGAAACUUCCAACUGGAGCCUUCCCGACUGGCGAAUGCAGCUCGGCCUCGGCCCCGCCAUCGGCGCCACUUUCUUCACCAUCGACACCAACGCCAACAACGGCCAAGGUACCAGCGGCCAGGUCGACACCGCCGCUCAGGGCGGCGCCACCGUUGCUGGCGCUUCCACCAUCUCGUCCUCUCGGUCCGUGGCCGCCCUCGCGGCCCUUGCCGUCGUUGCCCGUCUAGUCAUGUAG